AUGAAAGUCCAUCCUCUCUCAACCAAGCGCAACACCACAUUUCUCGGGAACCGCGAUUCUCCGAUUGACCAAACUGCCCCUCGCAAGCUCCGGCGCCUCCCUCACGUCUUCGGGAAGGUUCUCGAACUCCCUUUCCCCUCCGACGCUGACGUGGCCGUCGAUGAGUCCCCCAAUUCCAUCAGUUUCGUCGCCGGAAUCGAGAAUUCCGGGUUCUCCGGUGCCGGAAAGAGUGUUAGGGCACACGCGGUGGAGAUUUACCCGGGGAUCACGAAAGUGGUGGUUAGAAAUGGGAAAGUUGGGGAUUUGUUGGGGGAGAAAAUCAGGGAUGAUGUUUGGAGGUGCCGGCUUCCGGCGGCGGCGCUGACGGGAUUGGCUACGGCGGCGAUUGUUGACGGGGAACUUGUUGUGACCGUGCCGAAGAGCCGGGGAUUUUAG